AUGAGUAUUCUUCAAAGUGAUCCUCACGUUCUAGCUCUAGCGAUACAGGGCGCACACAAGAAAACGAGCACGACACCACCACCAAUGAUCAGAGCAACCAUAGCUAAAAUCGUCCAUGAGGUGGAAGACGGUAUAACUCGAGCAGAAAGAAGUCUCUUAGCAGUUGGUAGCUCAGUUAAUUCGUCGGUGCUCAAACCCAGUCUCUUGGCCUUGUUGAGCAAGAACCUGAAUCGCCGUGACGCCUUUUCGCAGGACAUCUUCGACGUGGUCUCCCAGUGUAUAUUCCAAGAUUUUUCAAACUGCGAACAGCCUCAUUGGGAUCGAAUCAAAUCCUUCGUGUCUUUGUUUUAUCCGUUUUUCGAAGAACAACUUAUCCUACUGGUAUAA